ACCGUGGUUGUGGUGGACAUGGUUCCGGGGUCCGUGUACGCGUGUCUGGCGGGGUUCCUGGGGGCCGCGGCCUCUCUGGCGGCCAAGCUGUCUCUGGGUCCGGACCACCUGCGGGACAUGUGCCAGUCCUGGCACGGAGGACCCGCCUGCGACUGGCUGCACGUCCCCUUGCGGCUGCUGUGUGCAGGUGUGCUGCUCACCUGCAACACCGUCAUGUGGACCUUCUUCUCCAGAGCUCUCCAUCACUGCUCCUCCUCAGCCAGAGCCACCGUCACCACCACCGCCUCCACCUUCAUCUGCUCGGGCGUCCUGGGGAGGCUGAUCUUCGGGGAGACCCACGCUGCUCUAUGGUGGGCCGGCAUCGCCCUCACGCUGUGUGGUCUGCUGGUGCUUCACAGUACGACGCCGCAGACUCCUCCACAAGUGCACAGCAAAAAGGAGCAGUGACGUCUCAAGCCGGGCUCUUACUGUCGGGUUAAAAAGAAAAACCCUGGACUCAGGUGCAGAGAGCAGGGUGCAGCUUUUCCACUGGCUGGUUGUUCACUACGGCCUGUGGAUGGUUACGGCACCGUAAUGGACGUUUAUUAUCACUAUUGACUCAUCCUUCGAUGGAAAUCUUCUCGUUCCUUAGCAAAUGUCACUUUUUUAAAUCAUUAUUUUGACUGUCAGAGUUUUGCCUUUAUAACAGGGAACAAUAUACACAUGUCAAACGAUAUAUACAGGACUGUCUCAGAAAAUUUGAAUAUUG